AUGGAAGCCUCCGCUCUUCUUCGUGCUCCAAAACAGGAACUCCUUAAGCAGCUCCCAGUUGACCACCAAGCCUUCUUCAAGUGGUUCCUUGCCCUUACAGAGGUCCACCGUCCAUCCUUCCAGCUCGAAGGUGCUCGCAAGACCUGCAUUGAGUGGGCACACAAGCUCGGCGCUACAGUCGCAGAGGAUGAAAUCGGCAACAUCCUUCUCUCCAUCCCAGCUUCUGCUGGCUUAGAAAACGUUAAGCCACUUUGCAUCCAGGGACAUCUUGAUAUCGUCUCUGUCGGCAAGUUCGACGAGCAGGGCCAAGUCUUCUUAAAGCUCGAAGACGGAAAGCUCACAUCUGGCAUCUCCACAAUCGGUGCUGAUGAUGGCAUUGCUGUCGCUGCCAUGUACGCUCUUAUCGAAACACGCGAUAAGUACCAGCACGGCCCACUCGAGUUCCUCAUCACACUCGAUGAAGAAGUCGGCCUCAUCGGCGCUGGCAAGCUCGCUGGUCCACCAUUCCUCAAAUCUCGUGCUCUCCUCAACCUCGACUCCGAAGAGUGGGGCACAUUCUACACAUCCUGCGCUGGUGGCCUUUCCGCCUACUACGAACUCCCAAUCAAGAAGGAGAAGGUUGAAGGCACAGGCCUCAAGCUCCACCUUACAAACCUCAUGGGUGGCCACACAGGUCUUCUCAUCGACUCCGGCCGUUCCAACUCCGUCAAAUGGAUCGACCGCAUCCUUCUUGAGAUCCAGGCUCAGGGCAUCCCAUUCCGCCUUGCCACAAUCGAAGGUGGUGACAAGCACAACGCUAUCCCAAGUGAGUGCAUUGCCACAGUCGUUACAUCAGAACCAGAGAAGUUCGAGGCCCUCGCUAAGAAGCUCCAUGAUGAAAUCGUCAAGGAGUCAAAGGCCAUCGAAGUCAAGGGACCAAAGCUUGCCAUCGAGAAGGUUGAUGUUCCACUCUGCCUUUGCGAGUGCUGCCACAACAAGGUUCUCGAUCUCCUUUCCUCAAUCUACCACGGCGUUUGGGAAAUGCACCCAGAGAUCAAGGGCAUCGUCCGCACAUCUCAGUCAAUGUCCAUCACACGCACAAAGGACGACGUUCUCUACGUUCAGGUUUACGCCCGCUCCAACGAAGCCACACGCAUGUACUGGCUCGUCAACCAGAACAAGUCUCUUGCUCGCGCUGUCGGCUGCCCAAUCCGCAUCCCAGAGGAAGAGAUCCAAGGCCCAUGGCCAGCUGCCCUCAAGGCUCGCAUCACAGAGAUCGCUAAGGAAUCAUACCACAAACUCUACAACGCAUACCCAGAGAUCACAGCUAUCCACGCUGGUCUCGAAUGCGGCUGCAUCCAGAACAGAGGCUACCCAGACCUCGAGUGCGUCUCAUACGGCCCAACAAUCCACGGCGCUCACUCCGUUGAAGAGAGCGUCACAGUUGAAACAGCUUGCAAGUGCUUCAACCUCACCCUUGAGAUCAUCAAGGCCUGGGCUCAGGAGUAA